GAUGUGAUUUCGCGCACGACCGUUUCGAGCGCAGCGCUAACCACUCUGCGACAAUUCCGCUCCUAGAAUCGCCAAAAAUAUGCAAAAGUAUGAGAAACUCGAGAAAAUAGGAGAAGGCACCUAUGGGACCGUUUUUAAAGCCAAGAAUCGCGAAACACACGAAAUCGUUGCGCUGAAAAGAGUACGUUUGGACGAAGACGACGAGGGUGUACCGUCGUCAGCGCUCAGGGAGAUUUGCCUGCUGAAGGAACUGAAACACAAAAAUAUAGUCAGACUGUACGACGUGUUGCACAGCGACAGAAAACUAACGUUGGUCUUCGAGCACUGUGAUCAGGACCUGAAAAAGUAUUUCGACAGCUUAAACGGAGAGAUAGAUUUAGACGUAGUCAAGUCCUUUCUGUAUCAGCUGCUGCGUGGGUUGGGCUUCUGUCAUAGCCGAAAUGUCCUGCACAGAGAUCUUAAACCUCAAAACUUGCUCAUCAACAAGAACGGGGAGCUGAAAUUAGCCGAUUUUGGACUGGCCAGAGCGUUUGGGAUUCCCGUGAAAUGUUACUCGGCAGAGGUCGUGACGUUAUGGUACCGUCCACCAGACGUUCUUUUUGGAGCGAAAUUAUACACAACGUCUAUAGACAUGUGGAGCGCGGGGUGUAUAUUCGCUGAACUGGCGAAUGCGGGCAGACCGUUGUUCCCUGGCGCAGACGUGGAGGAUCAAUUAAAGCGGAUAUUUAAGAUGUUGGGCGCGCCCACCGAGGAAAUGUGGCCCGACUUUACCACGCUUCCCGACUACAAACCCUUCCCCCCCUACCACCCUGGGCAAGGAUUGGUUUACGCCACGCCGAAACUCAAUUCCAGGGGCAGAGAUUUGUUGCAGAGACUGUUAGUGUGUAAUCCUGCGCUGCGAUUGUCAGCGGACGAGGCAAUGGCUCAUCCCUAUUUCAACGAUUUGAACCCUGCCAUAAAGAAUGAUCGUUGCCAAUAGCGAAAAU